AUGAGACCUGGUCAGCAGAUUCUGUGCAACAGGUGCGAGAACUGUGCGAAGGCCAUGAACCGCUGCUGCGCCUGCGGCAAGGCCUUCAACGGCAAGCCCAACAACGUCAGCCUGCCAUUGAACCAUGGUGGGGGCGAUGAUGGCGGCGAGCCUUUCGACUUCGAGGCUGACGAGAGAAACUGGGAGGAGCGGAUGGCUGCAGCGCUGGAGGUCGCUCGAAAGUACAGCGGCUACUCGAAGUUCGCUGACAGCUACCCGCCCUUGUUCGCCGAACUCUGGGACAAGUAUGACCCGGACCACUUGGGCGAGAUCAGCGCCCAGCAAGCGAAGUGCUUCGCGGAGGACAUGGUGGCUGCCGGCUGGAAGGACUGGGAACCGACGGCCCGGGAUGAGCGCCUCUGGCAGCAGAUCACGGAUGUGGCGGCUUACAGAAAAGCCAAUGACGAUAUUGCUGCGCACAACAAAAAGGCGAUGGCCUAUAAUGCAGAGCUGGAGGCAAUAGACACUCAAUCCGACGGAGACCAAGUCGCUGGCGGCGUACCGCGGCGAGUCGCCCGGGCUGGUGUAUUCGUUGGGCCAGAAUGGUGCGACCAGUUUCGGCAUAACGCGCACGGAGAACCAUCUACAGACCAUGAUACGUUAUGCCGGCUUGACGUGGUGCGACGGGCCGUGGGCCUCCGGGGCAGGACUCGACUGGUUUGCGAUUUGGGUGCCGGCCACGUUGAUUGGACGACCUUUGUGGACUUCACCAACGUAGCCGCUGCAGGCAUCACGGUGGAUUUAGAGGGCGUGGGAUCCGAGGCGCCGCCCUACGCUGACCCGAAGCUGGGUGCCGUGUACUGGGAUGCACGCCAUGCGCGUGCUGGUGCUGCUUUCUUCGAUUGGUACGUGCCCUAUGCCAGGCUUCAUCCCGUCUUCGCCUUGAUGCUGCCUGGCCCGGACAUGAGUCCCGAGAUCUUGGACGUGGGCUUCGGGACAUCCGAGGUACCUCUUCGACUGUUCGAGAAUGGCUGGGAGCUCGUGACUGCCAUCGACACCUCGGCCGAAGCUGUUCGCUUGGCGAAGGGCCGAGGCCUCCACCAGGAGCGGCCGGCCCUGCAAUUUCUUCAGAUGGACGCGCGAGUGCUAAAUUUCCCCGACGAGUGCUUUGACGUGGUCUUCGACAAGGCCACGCUUGACACAAUCCUGUGUGCAGCGAAUAACAACCAGCAAGCGCAGGCCUACGUCUCCGAAGCGUAUCGAGUGCUGAAGCCGGGCGGACUCUUCCUGGUCGUCUCGCACUCCGGGCCCUCCUGCAGACUGCACCACUUGGUGCAGGAUCCGCUGCGAAGUUGGCAGAUACAGGUGGCCCGACUACCUGGGAAGCCUCCGAGUCCAGUCGUCGAGGUCGAAGAGGGCAUGGAGGAAGCACCGCCAGAAGAUGCCAGUCGCUGCUUCUGGAUCUUUGCGUGCACGAAGCCCGGGGGCCACGCUGAGGAGGACGCUGGUGCUUCCGAGCCCGUCGCCGAACCGCAGCAAGCUUUGGCCGAGGCUUCCGAAGCGGCUCCGCCGCUGACCACGGAGCAUCGCCGCGGGUUCUUGUAG